CUAUAUUUUACGUACGUGAACAAAUAAAAAAUAAUUAAUUGUCUGCUUGACGCAUCGUGGGACGCUUUUAUUCGCGCCGUGCAAUUUUUAUUUAAUUUAAAAUUAUAAAUAUAUAUUCCAGAUGUCGGGAAUAGCCAGUGCACGUUUAGCGGAGGAGAGAAAAGCUUGGCGCAGAGACCAUCCUUUCGGAUUUGUAGCCAGGCCUAUGAAAAACCCUGAUGGAUCACUCAAUUUGAUGACAUGGGAGUGUGCGAUUCCCGGAAAGAAGGGGACACCAUGGGAGGGAGGCUUAUACAAACUGCGAAUGAUCUUCAAAGAUGACUACCCAUCAAGCCCCCCGAAAUGCAAAUUCGAGCCUCCACUAUUCCAUCCCAACGUGUACCCGUCUGGAACAGUGUGCCUGUCUCUGCUCGACGAGGAGAAAGACUGGCGUCCCGCCAUCACAAUCAAACAGAUCCUACUCGGCAUCCAAGAUCUCCUGAAUGAGCCCAACGUGAAGGACCCUGCACAAGCUGAAGCUUACACAAUUUACUGCCAAAACCGACUAGAGUAUGACAAGCGAGUCCGCGCGCAAGCACGCGCUAUGGCCGCCACCGAGUGAACACUCAACAUUCUGGAAUGUUCCCAAAGCUCAACUACCGCCAUCUCAAAGUAUAGCUGCAACUGUAACAUGUCACAGAUAAAACGGGCAUUUGAUGAUAUUGUUUUUUUUUUACUAUUAUGGCCUGGAUGAAAGUUCUUCAAGCCAUGGUUAUAUUGAAAAUAAGUUCAGUUGCAGUACAACAGACAUGCUUUACAGUUGCAUCUAUGUUAUCUUGUCUGUUGCAGCCAAAUGCAUUCCACAAAAGAAUCUGUAAAACAUCAAUUGGUAUUGUAUACUUACUCUGUUGAUUCCAGGGCUACCCCACAAGUCUCUGAAGCUGGCUAAUAGAUGUUUAAUUAGGGUAAGGUAUAAUCUUGUCUAAGCUCUAUCUCAAGUAUUAUUGUGUUAAUAUAUUAUUCAAGAUUGUACCUAAGGUAAGGUUGCAUCAACACAAAGAAUAUGUAAAAAAUAUAUGGUGUUACAUUAAAUAUUGAGCUGACAAACAUUCAAAUUUCAAUGUGUAAAGCUCUUUACUUAGAGUUUUUAGUGUUGAUGUAACUUUAUGACCAAAUUAAUUCAAAUAUUUUGUAAUUAAAUAGGUUUUUAUUUUAGAUAGUUUUCAGAUCAGUGGGGUUCUUUCUCAUCUUACAUUUAUGACUAGAUAUAAUUGAAAUCAGCUGAUGUAUUUUAGUGUAGGGCUGCAGAAUUUAGCCCUUUUGUAGUUUGUAAAUCAAGUAAUAUUGUAAAAUAACACUUAACACUCCAUAAUAGACCUGGCAAUUAUUGUUUACAUUAGAAUAUUGUUAACUAUUAAGGACCUAAUUUAUUGGUAAAUGACAGCAUUAGGGAGGCAGUAUUGGUCCCAAACAUUUGUGCUAUUAAUAUGGUGUUAUUUCUACAGCUUUGUUUUAGUCGCGGCACCUUUGCGCGCAAAAACAUGUCUGCGAAAAUAAUACUUUACAUACUGUCGAGAUGUUCAAAAUGUAAGUUGCUUUAAGAAUCUGCGUCAUUAUUUUAACUAUUUUUGUAUCUUACGUCCGUCUUAUCGAACAAUAAAAAUUGUAAAAGUU